AUGAUUAUGACUAAUUUUUCUUUCUGCUCUCACUUCCUCAAUCCUUCCCAAUCCCCCCUGCCUGCCACUUAUACAACUUACCGAACAUCUCCUCCCAGCAGCUACGCACGUGUGGCUGCAGCUGCACCCAGAAGCAGCAAGUACACAGUCUUUGACGCCGUGCGAGAUCUCUACAGCGGCGCCAGCAAGGUGGAGGACUUUCCACCAAUCCGAGUGGUGGAGCAGGACGGGCUGCUCUUCUCCCUGGACAACCGCCGCCUCUAUGUGUUCAAGCUGUACAGACCCACUGGAUUGCUUGUGCCUGUGCGCCGGGUACCUGCUGAUAAGGAGCUGUUUCAGAAGCUCACGUGCACGGGCACGGGGGAUGCGCGGGGGAAGUCGGUGGAGGUGCUGACAGAGGAGGAGGCGAGGAAGUUGGGCAGGGUGCUGCAGCUGGAGCAGCACGUGCUCAAGUGGAGCGUGGACGAUAUCAUGAAUGAUUACCUGCUGGUCCGGAAGGUACGGCUGCAGCCUGCCCUGCAGCAACAUCGGAUUUUUACCAAGCGCUUGGGAGUUUUUUUAUGCUUGCAGUGUCUUGACCUUCCCAAUCUUGUAUGCUUCCUUUCCUUUUAUCUGCAUGAGCUCAAGCGUAUGGUUCGGCCUAUACCAGACGCAUUCCCUAACGUUCGCUCGUACCUGUCUGCCUUCCGCUGGCCCCUGGUGGAGGAGUGCCGCGCCAGCCUCAAGUCUGGCUUGAGUCAGCUCUCUGCUUCAACCCCGAUUCCGAUUGACAUUCACAAAGUGGAGAGGCUGGAUGGGUAUGUGGCAGGCGUAGAUGAUUAUGAUGACGAGGAGGAGGGGGAGGAGAGUGGGUAUUACAUGGCCCAGAAGGAUAUCUUUGGCAGAGAAUUGCAUGGGGAGGAGGAUAUAUAUGGAGGUUCUUUGUUUGGGGGAGCGAGGAGGGUGAGGAAGCCGGUGAAGGUGCACUCGGAUACGGGGCGGUUUGGUGCGGUGGUAUUUGAGGUGGACAGGCAGAAGCUGGCUGGAGACAGGGCAGCGUGGGGGGCAGGAGCCGGGGGCAGCGUGUUCGAACAGGUGAAGCUGAAGCCGACAGAUGUGGUUCUUUUCUCCACCGUUGCUCCCACUGACUACACCGACCUGCUUCGCUCAGGCGUGCUGUAUCUGCUGGGCGUUCUGAUUCCCGACCGAAACAUGACAAAAGGCCUGCCUCUUCCAGAAGAGGAUGUGGCACAGGGCGGUGGUGGGGGCGAUGGGAGCAGCUUGUACUGCAAGGCAAAGAUCUUUCUUCCGAAAGAUUCUCCCGAGUCUAGAGGCCUGGAGGGGGCUUUGGUGCGGAAGAAGAGUGGUAAGGGAGAUGGUGGAGAGGAAGGUGCGCAUCUGGGAUGCACUGCAUGUGUCCUUGGAACAGGAGGAGUGGAACGAGAGCGGGGAAUCGAAGAGAGAUCGGACGAUGAGGAUGGUUUUGGAGGAGCCCCUGAUGUGGUUCCGGAGCUCAUGCAAGCCGUGGGGGACUUUUGCCAUGCCUGCGGCCUCAACCAACCACAGCGAACAGCAAUUCUCGCCUGCCUGAGAGGCUUCCUCUCUGUGGCUGCUUCACCCAACGCCACUGCCUACUCCGACUCUUCCUCCCCGUUCUUCUCCCCAAAUAUCCCCUCCUCUUCACAAUUCUCGUCCUUCUCAUCGCCUCUCGACGAUUCUGCAUCUCGCCGACUCCUGCAGCUGGUUCAGGGACCGCCCGGCACAGGCAAAACGCAUACCAUCUCCAUUCUCCUCUCCAUCAUGCUUGCCCUUGGAGUACGCACGCUUGUCUGCGCCCCUACCAACGUCGCUGCAGCAGAAGUGGGUCGGCGAGUGCUGCAUCUCGCACUCUCCCCCGAUCCCUCCUCUCACUUUGCAGGGUACUGCCGCGCCCAGCAGCAGCAGUGCUACGGGUGGCCGGACCGGAAGGCAUUCGCGAGUCAUGGGAGGCUGAGGGUUGGGGAUAUAGCCCUUGUGGCAAAUGAGGAGAGGCUGGAGAUCGAUCCAGAGCUGGAAAUGAUUCUGGUGGGCAGUGAGAGGAAGGAGAGUGGCGGCCAGAGGCGGACCCUGAGUUGUCGCGUUGGGAGGCUAAUAGGAGCCGUUUCCUCUCUAUCUGGUUGGAAGGCUUCGUUUCAGAACCUGCUUUCCUUUCUGGAUACCUCAUGGGAGGAUCUGAACGGAGAAUUCCAAACUGAGUUGAGAGCGGAAGAGAAGAGGCGCCGCAGGGAAGAUCCUUCUAAGGCCGAUGUGGAUGAUGAGCAGGGCGAGGUCAGUAGAGGUGGCAGCAACAAGAAAGAUCCAAAGAAAGCCGACCCGCUCCCCACCCUCAUAACGCACUUCCAGAAGCGCAUUAAUCUCCUGACCCAGCCUGCUAUGGAAGCAGCUGUUAAUCUUGCAGAGGACCUGCCGUCUGCUCUUCUUCCUGAGAAUGAACGACUACUGCUUCUCCAGGCGUUUGAUCUCAUGGCAGCUCUGUGCAAGCUGGUAGGAUGCGCUGGGCUGACUCCUUCUGUUCUAAGGACAUGGCUGGAAGGUGCGGGGGAGGUGGUUGGAGGGGAAAGGGGGGUGGGAUCGGUGGUUGAGGAGGCUUCGCCCUUUCCCCUGCUGCUGCUGGACGAAGCAGCCCAGCUGGUGGAGGCAGAGAGUGUGGUGGCGCUCCAGACGAAGGGGCUGCGCUAUGCUGUGCUUGUGGGCGAUCCCAAACAGCUGCCAGCCACUGUUCUGAGCAAGGUGGCAGUUGAGAGCCACUACAACCGCAGCUUGUUCGAGCGCCUGCAGGUCAAUGGGUGGGAGGUGCACAUGCUGAGCGUGCAGUACCGCAUGCACCCUGAAAUCAGCCGCUUCCCCUCUCACCGCUUCUACGAGGGGCGUAUCGAGGAUGGUGCCAACGUAUGCCGCCCGUCCCACUGCCCGCAGCAUCUGGAGCGUCUGUUUGGCCCGUACAUGUUCAUGCACGUGAGGGGCAAGGAGGAGAGGGAUGUGGGUAAGGCGGGGGAAGGCGGCUCGCGCAGUAUUGCGAACUCGGUGGAGGCUGCGGUGGUUCUAGCGCUGCUCAAACGGCUUUCUGACGCCUGCAAGGGCAUUGCAGCAGCAGCAGCAGGGGUGCGCCCCACACCACUGAAAGUGGGUCUCAUCUCGCCGUACAACCUGCAAGUGGAGUACUUGAAGCGAGCGCUGGAGUCGCAGUCGUGGCCGCACCUGGUGGUGGAGGUGAAGAGUGCGGACGGGUUUCAGGGGCGGGAGCGCGACGUGAUCAUUGUCACCACUGUGCGCUCCAAUGGCGCUGGCACCAUUGGCUUUGUGUCCGAUGCAAGGCGGUGGGUGACUGGGGUCCCACACCUUCCUCUCACCCCGUUUCCCCUCUCUACCCACCUCCCCCCCUUUCCACCUUUCACUUCCCCCCGUUUCCCCCCUUCUCUCCUCCUUUCAUCCCUCCUCCCCCUUCCCCCUUUAUCCUUUCUUUUCCCCCUUGUUCCCCCCCCUUCUCCUCCCCCCUCCCCGCCUGUCAGGCUGAACGUGGCAGUAACACGAGCGCGCUACUGCAUGUGGGUGGUGGGCGAUCGGGACACGCUGCAGCGCGGCGACACCACGUGGGAGCACCUGCUCGUGGACGCGCAGCAGCGCGGGUGCCUGGUGGAGGCGCUGAGCGAUGUGAAGCUGCGCAGAGUGGUGGAGAGGCGUCAGAUGGAGUUGGUCGAGGUGGAGCAGCUGCUGCAGCCCAACUCAGGCCUCUGGGACUCACUCAUCUGGGAGGCCACCUUCAGCGUGGAGUUCCAGCGCAGCAUGCGGGAGCUGCGCUCUCUAGACGUGAUCAAUGCAGUGAGGCGCCUCAUGGGCGGAUACAGGCCGCAGCGAUGCACCAGGCCACGGCACGCGCUCAAGGACCCGCGUUACUAUGACAUCAUUCACGUGCAGUCUGUGGGAAGAUACCAGCUUAUCUGGACCGUUGACGUCUCCCGCACCACCUUCAAGCAGGAGCAGCACGUGCUCAAGUGGUAUGGUCACAACAAUUGCAUGAGUUGCUCUUUCCCCUGUGCUCUCUUCCUUCCCGUCGUCUGCCCUCCUCACCGUUCCACCACGGAGCAGAUCAUUCGGGUGUGGGACGUGGUGGAGGAGCAGCACGUGCUCAAGUGGCUGCGCCGCCUGGAGGGAGGUCUUGGAACCUACUCUCACGAGUCGCUCGACCGCUGUGCGCACUGUGACGACCACCUUGCUCGCAAGGUGCAGCCGCUGCAGUUCCCAAAAGACCCGGGGUUUACAUGGCACCGGGCUAAGGCAUCGUCGUGCGAUGUAGCUACUGUUUCCACCGCAGAUGAAGAGAGCGCCCUGGAGCGGGCGCCAGUGGACGAGAGCGUGCUGCUGAUGAAGUUCUACCAGCUGUCGCUGGGGUCCGCGCGGCAGCUGCUCACAGCAGCGCAGGGCGAGCUGCCCUUCGAGGUGAACGAGCAGGAGGCGCUCAUAGUGCACUACCCGGGGAGCCUUUUCGUGCUCGGCCGCUCCGGCACCGGCAAAACCACCAUCAUUACCCACCGCUUGCUGCGCCUGGAGCGGGUGUUUCUUCGAGCCAUGGGGGAGCGUGAUCGGCUGGGUCCUGCUGUGGAGACUGGGAAACCAUGCUGGAAGCAGAUGCCAUCCUCCCUGCCGACACCACACCUCCAAACACAGCCCAGGGGGGGCAAGAUGCUGCAGCAGCAGCAGCAACAGCAGCAGCAGGGAGAGGCAGGGGAGGUGGAGGAGCUUUUACUGUCGGAGGAAGCAGAGGAGAAACUCAUGGGAGAUUUGCCCAAGUCUCUCGACGAGGUGCAGCCCGAUGCCUACCCCUUAGUGCUGACGUUCAAGAAGCUUCUCAGCAUGGUCAAUGCCACGCUGGCUCGGCCGUUCCAGCAGGACGGGGUGAAGGCUGGUGGGUGGCAUGGGAAGGGGGCGACGGGUGGUGGGUUGAAGAGUGGGGAGUAUAGGGCUCAGGGUGCUGGGGAGAAGGGUGGCAAUAGCAGUGACGAUGAUGGGAGCGAGUAUUCUUCACAUGAUGAUGAUGAUGAAGAUGAGGAGGAGGAAGAGGAGGACGAGGAGGAGGAGGAUGAGUGGGGCCCAGCGUAUCAUCAGUCACACUGGCACAGGGACAGGGCACAAGGCACAGGGGGAGCCAGAAGCAGCAACGCCGGCUACAGCACCACUGGGGUGCUGUCUCUACCUGAAGAGGUGGACUAUGACCGUUUUGAGUCCCUCUACUGGCCUCACUUCAACACAUCCGUGACGCGCAAGUUCGACGCCUCGCUGGUCUACAAGGAGUUCUUCUCGCACAUCAAAGGCUCCCUGCACGCGCUCAGAUCGCCCCGGGGGCGCCUGUCUCAGGAAGCGUACGUAGCCCUCGCACACACCCGCACGUCAAGCUUUGAUGAGGCGCAGAGGGAGGACAAGGUUCGCUGUGGCCCGCCCUUCCAGUAUGUGUACGUGGACGAGGUGCAGGAUUUGACCCAGGCGCAGAUAGCCAUUUUUCGCUUCCUCUGCGCCAAUACCUCUGAUGGGUUUGUCUUUGCGGGGGACACGGCGCAGACCAUUGCGAGGGGGGUGGAUUUCCGGUUUCAGGACAUUCGGAGGCUGUUCUAUGAGCUGUUUCUGGGGAGGAAGGUGGAUGUCGUGGGGGAUGCAGGGAGUGAGGGGAUGGAGGGCGGAGGAGGUGGGGGUGUUGGCAGUGGUGGUGCUGCUGGUGGUGCGGGGGAGGGGGGGAGUGGGACAGAGGAGGGGCACGGACGGGAGAAGCAAGGGAGGUGGGCAGGGGCAGCAGCCGCGCGAGGCAAGCAGAAAUUGUCUGGCAAAGGGAGGAGGAUGCUCGAAGAGGUGGGGAGUGGAGCAGCAGCAGCGUCAGCAGCAACACUGACUGUGGGUGCAGCUCAGGGGUCAGACAGGGACAGAGCAGAGCAGAGCAAGGGGGAGACAGGAGGAAAGGCAGUUGGAGCAGCCCAAGAGCGAUCGUCGUGCACGGAAAUGCCGGAUCUGUUCUUCCUCUCACAGAACUUCCGUGCGCACAACGGCAUAGUGCGUCUGGCUGACAGUGUGGUGCGCGUGCUGCUGCACUUCUUCCCUCACGCUGUGGACCGGCUUGCCCCGGACUUCAGUCUGAUUGAUGGGGAGGCGCCCGUGUUCCUGGAUGCCAAGGAGGGAGACGAUGUCGUCACGCAGCUGUUUGGGAAGAAGGGCGCGAUCGGCGGCGGAGGGUGCGAGUUUGGGGCAGAGCAGGUAGGGUGCCAUUGA